GUUGAAGGGGGAGGGAUGGCGAACGACCGGCGUUUCGGAGCCGCGUAUCGGUAGUCGCGAGACGAGGCAGUCGGUGACGGGUUGUGGUCGUCUAGUGUGGCGUAGUGAACAGUUUCGGUCGUCUCACCUCCCCUUGUGUUCAAAAAUGAGCUGGCAGGAUUAUGUUGAUAAGCAGCUGCUCGCGUCUAGGUGUGUUACCAAAGCGGCGAUCGCCGGACACGACGGCAAUGUGUGGGCGAAAUCUGAGGGUUUCGAAGUAAGUAAAGAAGAGCUCGCGAAAUUAGUGCAGAGUUUCGAAGAGCAGGACAUCCUGACGUCGUCGGGGGUUACCUUAGCCGGCAAUAGGUACAUCUACCUAUCGGGCACGGACCGUGUGAUAAGAGCAAAACUCGGCAAAGUCGGCGUUCACUGCAUGAAGACGACGCAAGCCGUAGUUGUCUCCCUGUACGAGGACCCCAUACAACCACAGCAAGCCGCAUCUGUCGUUGAAAAACUGGGCGAAUACCUCGUGUCCUGCGGCUAUUAGUAAACCUCUGGGACCCAACACAAAUAUCUAAUAUUAAUAAUAAACGAUACGAUCGAUUAUUUUAAUGAACAGCGAAUGGAACAUGCGCCAUGCCGCACGAGUCGCCCGGGAACUGCCGCACGCCCUACCGCGCGAUCCACGAUGAAGAUACAACAGCAACAGCAACAACAACAACAACACAUAGUCGAGAACAGCAACUACCCCAUUACUUGCUCGAGUCAUCAUUCUCUCCUCUUCGAUUUUCUUUGAUGCGAUGUAGAGAACGGGAAAGGAAGACACGCGCGAGCUCAUGCCGAAUACACGCACGCAUCAUACGUAAACAACGACGUGUCCCUCCCUCCGUCCUUCCCCCCUUUAUCACCCAUUCCCUCGCGCCCUCUGUCACCGCUCUCGCACGCGUAUAAAUCCGACGUCCUUUCCUCACCUCCCCCUCCCCAACUCCCCGCCUCCGCCACCGCCCCCGUUCCCCUCCUCUGCAUCAUACAUACGUACUUAAGCAUCUACGUGUGAAUCUCUUAGUUAUGCGUGUUUCGCGUCAUGUCGCGUCGUGCAAUUUAACACAGCGCGAGAGCGUCGGAGAUCUCCCGGAAAGCUUCGGCGUCUUAUGCAUACCCCCCGAUACGGAUAUACCAAUGUCUCAUAUUACCACGUCUGCUCUCUAUCUACUCCCAAACCCCCGCCCUCCCCCCCCCCAUGAACGAUCAACGUGUAGACAUAACGCAAGUCUCCCGAGCGAGACGCGAGGAACGCCCCGACGCAUCGCGCGAGGAGAGACGACCGAGCGAUCGAUGACGGGGACGCCGGCGAUCGACCCGGAGGUCGGUCGGUCCGGAUAAAUCCGCCGCCGUCGUGGCGAGAUGGCGACCAUCGCCAGCACGGGACGACGACACCGUGGAGCCGAUGUUGUAGGGCUCGCGAGCACGCGUACGAUUCUCCGAUCACAAGAGGGUAGGAAGGUGCGCGAGAGCGCGAAAAAAAAGCGCGCGGCGGAUUGUGACGCGCGUGACGAUUCCUCGCGCGGUGAAUUUCCAUCGGCUGCGCUUCCAGCAGCACGGGGGUCAUGAGACUCGUGAACGGGAGGCUGGAACUUUGUGUGCGCCUCCACCACUCAUCGAGAAGAUCGCGAUGGAUCGUGACGCGCGUCGCGAGAUUCGUCACGAGAAGAAAUCGGCUCCGAAUGCGAACGUCGCGUCGUCCUCCACUUCUUUCCGAUUGCGCGCAUUCACUUUUUUUCCUCCGGGAAGGAAGGAAGGAAGGAAGGAUGGAAGGAAGGAAGGAAGAAGCACACCGGUCGCUUCCGCGAGGAAUCGCGGUCUUUGAGCUUGGAUUUGUCAUCAUCUCUGUCGCUGUUUAAGAGACACGCGUCUCGCGAAGGUAGUUUAGUCUCCGCGGAAGCGAUCGAUCUCGUCUCGUAAAUCAAGACAACUCGGACACAGUCGCUUCGUUCAUGCACUAGCUUUACGUGUGCACGAGGAAAUGCACAUCGACGAUAUCGGAUAUCACGGAUAUCAGAGAGAGGAAGAGAAAGAGAGGAUGUGUGCAUGAAAAAGAACGAGAACGCAAAACAAACUUUUGUGACCGUUUUACAUGAUGUUUCGCUAAAACGAUACAAACACACAUAUAAAUUAAAUAUAAGAAAGAGAGAAAGAGGGAGAGAGAAAUAAUGAUAAUAAAUAAAAAUAAACUAUUGUGUGUUAGGCUUACUAUCUUUUUCGUAGUAACACGAAAGGGUGAACGCGUAUGCGCACGAGCAGAGAGAGA